AGCAAAAAGGAAGGUUAUUAAAUUUCAUUUACAGACAGAGGAAAGUUGGACUGAUCGUCUUUCCUUCGUACGAGAUUUUCUCCACAUUUAUUACCGAAUUUUUGUACGCUGUUCAUCACUAACUUUAACUUUUUACUAAAUGGGAUCUUGAUUUUCUGGGUUUUUUUUUUUAUGUUAAUUAUUUUAUGCUACAUUCUCUCAGAUUUUGUUCUUGGCCCAUUUGUUUAUUUCAAGAUUGGAAACUGAAUUUUGGUGGGAUUCGAAGUUGCCUAAUGCUGGGGUUUGGUGAUUCACUUCGCUUCUGAAAGUAUUCAUUUCAUUUGUCGAGAAGAAGAAGAAGAACUCGGUUUCAUAAACCCCUACUGCAAAAUCAAGAUUUCGUUUCUCCCCUUUUUUGUUUCUCCUCGGAUUUUGGUUGAUUUCAAAUGAUGAAUCAGAAAUCAAAAUCCGAUUCAAUACCGGGGCUAAGAUACAGGGCGGGGGGCGCCACCCCCGGCGGAAUGCCCCCCGUUUCACGAUUCCGAAGCGGGCACAUGCCAGCCGGGAUGACCGUGACAGCAUCCACACACAACUUAUCCGACUCGGAAAUGGACACUUGCUCCGAUUCCGAGGGAGACGGUCGUUACUCACUCGAAGCAUCUCCUCAGGACGAUAAAGUCACCUACGGUAGCACCAAACACCACACUUUCAUUACUAGUAGACAAGGCGGCGGCGGAGUCUUGUUUGCCAACCGCGAUGAAUCUUCGGAAUCUGUCUCGAGCUCGGGACUGAGUUCUACGCCACCACCACCUAGGGGCAAAAACGGUAUUGUACUCGAGAAGAAGUUCAAUGCGGGAGCUAAUUUCUCCGGCAUCAAUUUGCAGGAUUACCAAAAUGCCCCUGUGAAGAAUUAUUACGACGAUGAUACCCCCAGCGCACCUCCACUAACCAGCUCUUUUCGGAAUGUUACUGAAACUCCUACAGCUUCGAGAGCUGACGCUAAACCUUCGUUAGCAACGCAAGUUAAUAAUAAUAAUAAUAAUAUUAGUACAUCGGAAGUGUCUGUAAGGACUGAUGCUGCUGCAUCUUCUUCUCAUCCUUUACCGGGUCGAUUUCCUACUUUUCAUGCAAGUGGACUAGGUCACUGGUGCUCGGUUCUCUCGUACGACGCAUGUGUUCGUCUAUGUCUGAAUUCGUGGGCCCGCGGCAGUAUGGAAGCUCCGACUUUUCUCGAAAACGAAUGUACAUUGCUAAGGGAUGCAUUCGGGUUGAGGCAUGUUUUAUUACAGUCCGAGGAAGAACUGUUGAAAAAAGAGUCGUCGCUCGUUAGUGAAGGAGCUUCUGUAAAAACUAAGAAAACCAUCGGCAAGAUUAAAAUCCAAGUGCGAAAAGUGAGAAUGGGGUUGGACCCACCGACAGGGUGCGCGUUUGCUUCUUUAACAUCAUCGUCCUCCGUAAAGUUGGAAUCUUUGCAGCUUCGACUAUCGAAUGUGAAAUCUGUUGUCUCUUCUGAGAGGAAAGCAUUAAAAAGACAACGAGUAAAGCCGAUUAUGACAGUGAAUGGAUCUUUAUUACAUCAAAGUAUGGCUUAUGUUGUUGUUGGUGCUCGUCGGUACUUAAGAGAAGUGCCUGAGCUUAUCAAGAGUGGUUUUAAUGCUUGGCGGAGCAGUUCGUCUUCUUACGAAGUUGUGCAAGAAUCGUAUUACUGCUUGUUGAGAUUGAAAAGUUCUCCCGAAGAGGAUGCAUUAAGAAUGCAGCCAGGAUCCGGCGAAAAUCGUGUAUUCUUGCCAGAUGGACUGGGCGAUGAUCUAGUGAUUGAGAUACACGAUUCGAAGGGAAAAUAUUGUGGCCAUGCUGUACUUCAAGUGGCUGAUAUUGCUGAUGAAUCGGGGGAGAAGCUUCGUUCGUGUUUUAUAUAUCACGAACCGGAGCACGAGCAAGUUGGGAAAGUACAGUUACAUAUUAAUUACUCAACUGCACCAGAUGACAACAGUCACAAGUACGCAUCGGUAGCGGAGACUAUUGCGUACGACUGCGUGUUGGAGACCGCGAUGAAAGUGCAACAGUUUCAGCAGAGGAACUUGUUGCUUCACGGUUCUUGGAAGUGGUUGGUGUCGGAAUUCGCAUCCUAUUUCGGAGUUUCGGAUGCUUACACGAAGCUUAGAUAUCUUUCGUAUGUUAUGGAUGUUGCAACUCCAACUGCAGACUGUCUCGAUUUGGUGCACGAGUUGCUCCUACCUGUCGUCAUCAAGGGAAAAACGAAGCAAACUCUGAGUCAUCAGGAGGUCCGAUUAUUAGGGGAAGUGUCCGAAGAAAUAAACCAAAUAGUAACAUUAGUUUUCGAAAACUACAAAUCACUCGACGAACUGUCACCCUUGGGUAUGGUAACCGUGUUCGGGCCCGCUUCGGGCCUAGCAGCACCUGUUCUUACACCCGCUUUGAAACUCUACAAGCUUCUGCAUGACAUUCUUUCGCCCGAGGCACAGUCGAAAUUAUGCAGAUAUUUUCAGAAUGCUACAAAGAAGAGGUCCAGAAGACACUUGUCGGAAACAGACGAGUUCGUUUCAAACAAUACCGAUAACAUAUUAAUGGAUCCGGUCGCACUUUCUACAGCUUAUAAGAAAAUGAAAUCACUUUGUAUGAAUAUUAGAAACGAGAUUUCGACCGAUAUCGAAAUCCAUAAGCGAGAUCUUCUUCCUAGUUUUAUAGACCUACCAAACCUAUCGAGCUCGAUAUACAGCACGGAGCUCGCCAGCAGAUUACGGGCAUUUCUCGGUUCAUGCCCUCCACCGGGGCCCACACCCCCCGUAGUCGAACUCGUCAUCGCUACUGCCGAUUUUCAAAAGGAUCUUGAUUUCUGGAAUAUUUGUUCGAUUAAAGGCGGGGUUGAUGCAAAGGAGUUGUUUCAUGUUUAUAUAACCCGUUGGAUCCAAGAUAAACGUCUUUCUUUGCUCGAGUUUUGCAAGCUUGACAAGGUAAAGACAACCAGCUUUCCAGCUCAGCACUCGACAACUUCUUUCAUCGAUGAAACCUAUCACCGUUUAAAGGAUACACUUUCCGAAUAUGAUGUCAUAAUCAGUCGAUGGCCUGAAUACACUUUUACAUUGGAAAUGGCCAUAGCGGAUGUUGAGAAGGCCCUAAUCGAAAACUUGGAAAAGCAAUAUGCCGAAAUUUUGUCUCCACUGAAAGAAAGCACAAUGCCUAUGAAACUUGGUCUCAAAUACGUUCAGAAAUUGGCCAAAGGAAAUGUUAGUCCUUACAAUGUUUCCAACGAGUUGGGAGUUCUUUUGAAUUCUAUGAAAAGGAUGCUCGAUAAUUUACGGCCUCAAAUAGAAGUAAAAAUAAAGUUAUGGGGCUCGUGUAUACCGGAAAGUGGGAAUAUGGUCACCGGAGAAAGUCUCAGUGAGGUGACUGUGAUGAUCAGAUCGAAAUUCAGAGUUUAUGUGCAAGCCGUUGUCGAUAAACUUAUCGAAAAUACGAAAUUGCAUAAUGCGACGAAGUUGAAAAAGAUAAUUCAAGAUGCUAAGGAAAAUGUGGUGGAAUCGGAAUUAAGGCUGAGAAUGCAGCCUUUGAAGGAAUUGCUUACCGAUACUAUCAAUCAAUUGCAUGCCGUUUUCGAAACUCAAGUUUUUGUAAUUGUUUGCCGAGGUUUUUGGGAUCGAAUGGGCCAGGAUGUGCUGAAGUUUCUAGAAGAUCGAAAAGAAAACAAGUCGUGGUAUAGAGCUUCGCGAGUUGCAGUUACGGUACUAGACGACACAUUCGCUUCACAAAUGCAACAAUUGCUCGGAAACACACUACAAGAAAAAGACGUGGAACCCCCACGAAGCAUCUUGGAGGUGAGAUCCAUGCUUUGUAAAGAUGCCACCAACCACAAGGACAACAACUACUACUAUUAGUAUGUCUACUAAUUCUUUUGGUAAAUACGAGAUUGAAACGAAGGGUAAAAUGGUCUUUUUCCUCGCCUAGACGGAUGAGGGGAAAAAAAUGGAUGCUCGAUUUUUUAUUGUUUGUGAAUUAGAAAAAAGCCAACCCUCAUGGCUAUUUUUUAUAUAUAGAAUGUAAUUUUGGGAAGUGAAUAGAAAUACUUUGAUGCAUUGAAAUUCUUCUUGUAUGAUAAUUGUUUCAAAAGCUUUUUAGAGAAAAAUGAGACUGAUGAUGUAAAGGAACAUAUAUAAUGAGUUGGAAGAAGUUAGUUGUUGUUCUACACUAAUUUAUGAGAUCUAGAUUUUUUUUUU